AUGAACCAUAUCAAUCAACGAACCUCCAGUAGUAUAUAUGAAGCACCCACCGAACCCCACCCGGAUAGAAAAUUGGAAUCUGAAAAUCGUUCGGACACAUAUGCUGCUACCGUUCCGACUUUCCCAUCUUUAUGUCCUUCGAUGAUCAAUCAACGAACCUCCAGUAUAUAUGAAGCACCCACCGAACCCCACCCGGAUAGAAAAUUGGAAUCUGAAAAUCGUUCGGACACAUAUGCUGCUACCGUUCCGACUUUCCCAUCUUUAUGUCCUUCGAUGGAUCGGAUACCACAUCAGUCAGAUGAUAUGGCAAAAUGGACCAAAUUCUUUCUUGGAAAGGCUUUCUUGGAUCCUCAGGUAUCCAUCCCUUCUACUACCGAGGAACAGACAUCAGGAUUCUUCCCUGUGAGCAAUUCCUCGGCUGGGAAGGUUGGAUUACCGGAUCAUCCAAAUGUACUCGACGAUGAGUUGGUCGAAACAAACACCGAUGAGUACCUUCAACGUUUUACAAUGAGUCCAUGUCGAGAGUCUAAUCCUCAUUCCCCUUUAAUUCCACUAUGCACCGAACAGGCUAUGUCUAGUCAUUUUACAGGCGGAACAUCAAAACAGACGAUAGUCGACAGACAGGAAAUUCGCAAGUCCCCUACAUUACACUUAAACAAAUCGAACAUCUCGCCAAACCAAACACAUCCGAGACCGAUAGAUCCGUUGUCGAUAGAACUGGCUGAAAUACGUUCUUUUCAGUCACCAUCAUCUAGAAAGCCCACCACUUCAAACCCGAUGGAACCACCACUUUUCAACGUUAAACAUCCAGGAGAACGCAAACAGACAAUACAAAAUAGUGCAGGAAGAGGAGAUUGCGAAAAAUUGAAGAGUGGGUCUGACGCGGGUUCAUCCUCUAGCGGCCAUUCAGCCUCUAGCGGCAGCGGUAGGAAGAGAGACUAUGAACAACCACUUAAAUCUAUAUGCAAUCAGCAACAACAACAACAACAACAACAACAACAAAAACAGUCAAACAUUUUAAAAGGAGUCUCAUUCAAACCAACACCACCAAUGAGCCCGCCGAUGACCCUAUGUGAACCACGAUUUCUCUACGGGUCCGGACCCGUAGAGAAAGAGUGGUUUGCAUUGGGUGUCAACAUCAGUGAUCCUUUCAAGGGUGGCCGUGCGAUCGAAGACCAACCAAAGAUGAACUGUAUACGGCCAAAUCAAUAUAUAGCUACACAAAGAUUGGUUGAAAGAAUGGUUGAAGAAUCAAUGAUAAACAAAAACUUCACUGUAAACUACACCAGAAUAAUUAAGGAUAAAAUCAGAUUCAUAACGGUAUCUAUUGCUGGUAAGCAAGUGCGAGAUCUUGUAGAACUGAUUAGUGUUUUAAGAUCAUGUGAAGACGAAAAGAAAAGCCGGGCGUUAGACUUCUGUCUAACGUUGUAUGGUACAAUGCACCUCCAUGACACCCUAGUGACCGUUCGAUGGGAAACCAUCGAACAGUGGGCUAGGGAAAUGAAUAAGAUCAUUUCCGAGGAGGUGCGGGUACUAUCCCGCAACCAUAUACAAGGGGAAAAUACCGAAUAUGCAGAUCUGAAAAAAAGACUGGAAGAAAAACUCCGCCAACAUCAUGGAAACUUCAUGCAAAUGUUGGGCAGGUUGGCAAAGAUUAAUGAUUUUGCAACCUUCGUCCUGUUCGGGACGAACACGGAACCGACAGUUUGAGGCACCGCUGACCUUAUGGUUAAGACCAUAAUCUUAACAUGGAAAAUGAAUGGUCGGUUCCCAAUAGCAGCUGACAGUGACCAGAUAAAAAAUGUAUUCUGGUCACUGCCAUUUGCUUAUGUCACCCAUCUGCGGGGGUUUGGCCGGAUAGUUCUAGAAGAAACAACUGAACAAGAAACUCACUGCACAAUAAGUGACUUCGUCAGGCAAGCUAUGGAAUUGGAUGACUCAUACAGAGGAUAGUAUGGGGUGGGGCUUUCUAUCUAUGUUGUUGACUGAGAAGAACGUCAUUCAGCCAGUUCUAUUGACAACGGUCUCGGGGAAGUUUGGUUCGGCGAGGUAUAUAUGUAAAUCUUCAGUAUUAACGAAUCUGAAUAGUAGUAAAAGUAUUAUUUAUGAGCUAAAGAGAAGCUUGAAGUUUAGCUCACAAAUGGACGACAAUGCACAGAUGGUUGACAAUGUAAUAUUAUAUCAUUUAAUUUUCAUAUUUUCCUUGGGCUACGCCCCAUUUGCUUCCAAAUUUGCCAUGUUUACAUUCUGAAAGAAUGCAAAUAUAUCAAUUAAUUUAAGUCAAUUAUAGAUACUUAAAUUUGACAGUUUGAUGAGCAGAUGUUAAGAGGUACAAGUUCUGUUCUCAAGAUAUUCUAAAUAUAUAAAACACUUACAUAUAAUAAGGUUUUUGGUUAUGUAUUAACAUGCCAUAUAAUAUAGAUUCAACAUAUUUACAUAUUAAAGACUAAACAGUAGAAAAUAAUUUAUGUAUUUAUUCUCCUAAGAUAUUUAUUAAUUAUUUUCACUUUUUAGUGUGUUUAAAACAUAGCAUUUUAAAAAG